AUGUCUUUGCUCUUCACCCUUCCCCCGCCACAUCCUCCCCGCCGGCUGCGUCACGUUACCGCCCCAGAGCAACCACAGCAGGGGCGCCGCCCGCUCGCCUGCCCUGGCAGAUGCCAUACAGUCUCUGGAGUGCGACCCGGAGUGGGUGCUCUGGACCACCCCCGAGUCUACCGGGGCACCAGAUCGGUGGAGGACCUCGACCGCCACCAGAUCCGCAACCUGGUGGGCGCCGCCACCCUACCCGACAACGGCCUGGUCAACAUCGUCGGGUGCUUCCUCGGCGACCUGCGGGCGCUAGAGAGCGCGUGUGCCGAGGCGGAGCUGCAGGGGCCGAACUCGAGGCGUAGCUCUGACAGCGCAGCGCAGUGGGGGAUCGCGGACACCGAGGACUCGUUCCGAUCCCCCUCCACCUCCACGCAGGAUACCCCCAGUCGUUUUUCGUGCCCGGCCGGCCUACCCUCGAAGGACGCUACGUUGCUGGCCGCUUGGGACACCUUCCCGGUCGUGCAGGAGCUGGCGUCGGUUGGGAGGCGGAAGGCGUUUCGUCUACUGGGGCCGCCCACCAGAGCAAGGCUCUCCGCGACGCCAAAAUCUCUGGAGAGCGCCGCGCGGGGGGACUUGGAGCUGCAUCGAGCAUGCACCAACGGGGGGACGGUCACCGACACGCGCGUCGGCGAGAUAAUGCUGGAUUUUCUAGGAGACGCGAUCGAGAUUUACGCCGCGGCGAACGGCGGGCCAAAGGUUAAGGGCAUCCGGCGGUGUGAAGAGCUGGACGAGGCGCGCGACCGGGGGCUUCUCCAAAUCCGCAAGGUGGCGGGGCGCGCGGGGCGGGAGGUUCGGGGCAAACACGUCCGGACCCGAAACGACUGCGCAGCUGGAGGUAACGCAAGCUGGACCGGCCGCUCGAAGGGGGUCAACGAGAAGGGAGGCCGAGGUAGCCAAGCGGGCGGCUGA